UGCGAACCUCCUACUCUUACAGGAAGAAGAAGGUCGCAUACAGCAACGUUAUACCGGAGCACCGAAAUAACCAGACUUUAAUCAUGCUGGGACAAGCUGUGAGGCGAUUCACGACGUCUGCUGUUCGUUCUUCACACUAUGCUGAAGGACCAGGGAAGAACCUGCCAUUUUCGGUGGAGAACAAGUGGCGUCUGCUUGGCAUGAUGGUGGUGUUCUUUGGCAGCGGCUUUGCUUUUCCCUUCAUCGUAGUCAGACAUCAGAUCCUGAAGAAGUAAAAAUGGACCGAUGCUACAAACAGCCGUCAAGGUUGUCCGCUGGAACAUGAUUUAUCCAUCAGAGUUCUAUCCACGUGGGAUAAUGGGAAUCUCUUAAUUUUCUUUGUAAAUAAAGUCUCCACAAAUAUA